CCCGCUUUUCCCGCAACAAACAAGUGUGCGAGUCCGCAGGAACACGGCACAGCACAGCACAGCACUUUUAGCAGCGAAAAUGCCGAAACGAACUUGUCCUUUUCCGGAAACUUUCUCCUCCCAAUACAAAAUACACAUUGGGCAACAGGAGUUAAAUAACUACGGCGUGUUUGGGAACAAAUACAGGCAAGAAAUAUACGAAAAGACAAAAAAUUUGCUUUUCAACGGUGCCAAAGCUGUGAUGGGCAAAAUAUGGACCGGAGAGGAAAAGUGCAGAGACCCCCAACCACCUGGACAAGCCGAGACAUCUGCAUGCAGCCAAACUCUGCUGAGAGGACAGACACUGAUUGGACAUGAUGGGAGACUGACAAGAGCCAGUGCUUCACAAGUUGACGAUGCUGAUGUUUAUCCCUCACCUACCACAUCACAACUCCAUAAUGAUGGGAUGACUUUAUGUAUCUUCACAAACGAAAGUGCAGCUGUCAAGGUUUUCAGCGUCGGCCCCAUCCAUGACCCUUAAAGGACAAAAAAAAAAGGUCACGGUGUGCUCAGGAACGCUCCCAAUCUACUCCUUGGUUUCGUGUAUGGCCGGGGUGUGGGUGUGAAGAGGAAAGGGAGAAGCCACAUAAACACCCACAGCGCUCCAGACAGGAGCAACUGCAGUCGGCCAGCGGGAGCACGUGGCUUUGUCUUUCACCCAUUCUUUUGGGGACCAGCUGUGGUCUGAGUGUGGUGAGCGUCAGGCCCAGUGAUGCUGCUGCUAUAAAUAUGCGUCAACGAGGGUGAGUAAGUGACAGCUGUACAGUGGACCAAGGACACACUGUCUUGGCACUGUCAGGGCGAGCCAGGCCAAAAAAGGCAAACCCAGUGUGAGAGCGCUGGUUGAUAUGUAUUUAUGCACUUGUAGGCAUUGAUGUGGUGUGUACACUUCAGAUUUGGGGGUUUUAAGAUUGUAGCUAUGAACUAUGAACUUGUUGCUCAAAUGUGGAUGUAGCCUCACAAUUUGGCUCGAAUCAGACUUUUAUAUUACUAAAGGCUGGGUAACUUAAGAAUUAUCCCUGAGAAGUGUGAAUUAGAUUUCCUGAAAGUCAAAAGAAUGGUUCCUCCACGAAUAAGUGGAUGAUAACAAUAUGCAUGUGUUAAUAUGGAGAGAGAAAAGAAAACUACCCAUGCAUGCGUGUGUGUGCGCUCGCAUUGUCUGUACACAAGCGCAUGUGUGUGACUGUGUUUGUGUGCCCUUUUCAAGUGUGACCACCUGUCUUUUGUUA